UUUUUCAGUAAAUCAUGUAGCUUCUCUGUAGUUUAUUAUACGUUAUACCUUAUACGGUACAAAGAAAUGGCCGGUCGAAAAUAUUUCAAGUCGCUCUAUGCUAUAUUUGGCAUGGUCACUUUAGUGAUAAUAUUAUUUAUGGUAUAUAGUCGUCACCAUCUUUAUUCAAGUUUUUCUGUGGUGCAACGUUUUAAAUCACCGCUGCCAGAAUGUCCGACCAUACCUUCAAUUAAAACAACUCCAGAAUCGCAGCAAAUCUCUUCGCAACAAACCAACAUUUUGGAAAGUGAAAUACCAGAGGAUGUUAAACUUCAUGUCCAGUUAACUAAUGAUAUAGAUACAGGAAUAAUUGCUUUGCGUAGCUUAACAUUUCAAAUAAUGGAAACCAUAAACAGUCAAAACUCAUCUCAAGAUUUAAUCAGUUCAACUGACUCUAUGAAAAUUCGUUUAAGAGCAUUGGAAAUUGCAAAUAAAGGUUUGAAAUUGAUACAAGAAAAGAAAUUUCAGAAAUUGAUGGAAAAUUUAUCUAAAAAAGUACAAGAAGCAAUUCAGUCUUCACAGAAUCCAAGCAACUGUAACGAUGCACGAAGGUUAGUUUGCCACGUGAAACACUUAUGUGGAUUUGGAUGUAUGUCGCAUCACAUUGCUCUUUGUUUAUCCAUCGCGAUUGGCACGAAACGAACAUUGAUGUUGAAAUUGGAUAAUUUUAAAUAUAGUCGUAAUGAAGGAUGGGAAGCAUUGUUUUUACCUUUGAGUGAAACUUGUGACGUUUCUUCACUUAAUCUUACCAACGUUGCUGAAUGGAAAGGAAAAGGAGAUUUGGAAUUAACAAAAAAUGACACUGUGGCAAAAAUUACAAUCAAUACAGCUAUUAAUCCUAACAGUAAGUUUGCUGCUAACACCCUGCCACGUGAUUUGAUGGAAGAUGUGAAAAAGUUUCAUGCAUAUCCAGCACUAUGGUAUAUUGGUCAAAUUAUGAAAUACAUUUUAAGAUCAAAGCCAGAAAUAUCAAAGCAACUUUCUCAAAAAUUAAAUUCAACAAAAAUUUAUCCCCUUGUUGGCAUCCAGGUACGAAGAACAGACAAAUUAGUAAAAGAAGCAAAACUUGUAGCUUUGGAGAAAUAUAUGCUUCAUGUAAAGGAAUGGUAUGACAAGUAUAAGUUGGAAAAUAUUGGAGUAAAUGCCGACACCAAGUUUGUUAAAAGUGUUUACGUUGCUACUGAUGAUGAUACGUUGCUGGAUGAAGCUAAGAAAAUGUAUCCAGAUUAUAAUUUCAUAAAUGACAAAUCCAUAACUGCAGCUGCUAGUGUAAAGGAACGUUAUUCUGUUGAUGGUUUACUCGGAAUAUUAACAGAUGUUCACAUACUUACUCAUUGUGAUUAUGUUGUUUGCACCUUUUCAUCAAAUGUAUGUCGGCUUGUUUAUGAGUUGAUGCAAACCUUGCACAUUGAUGCAACUACAAGAGUUCACUCAUUAGACAAGAGUUAUUAUUUUAUUGGACAAUGGAUGCAUCAACAUAUUGCUAUAUACAAUUAUACUAAAACUGCAGAUACUAAAGAAAUAAGUCUUAAAGCUGGUGAUCAUAUUGGCGUUGACAAUCGUGUAGAAUGGGGAGUUACAACAUGGCGGGGGACAAACUUACGAACAUGGAAAACUGGAAUAUAUCCAUCGUAUAUAGCUCGUGAAUACACUGAGGAAUCUCCAUAUGAUUUACUUGGAUAAAAUUGACCGAAAACUCUCACUGUAUUUUCGUAAAAGAUAACUGUAUAUGCACUACUCGAAUAGAAAGAGAAAAUGUCUUUAGCACGUAAUGUAUGUUUUUUUUACAAAAAAUCAUAACUUUUAACGGUGUUUUUAUAUCAAUACUUUUUUGUUCCUUUAUUUAAACUUCACUUAGUGUAAUUAUCUGUGUAGAACACUAAGUAUGCAUUUUUGUAGGUGUGUUGUGUUGCCCACAAUGAUAGCUUUAAACUAUGCUGCGGUACCUUAAAAGUCACACGCUUAAUAUAGUAGGGUGGGGUAAGAUGGGACGUUUUAUUUUCUUUUCUCGGCCCACUUGGUUAUAAAAAUUUUUAUAAAGAAUUAUAUAUCGGUAGAACCUGACUCUAAAUGAUCGUUGUUAUCUGUUAAAAAACACGAUUAGAAAAUAUGGGUUUUAGGUGCUAACGAUAUCCAUCUUUCCCCACAGUACUGUAUAACAAUUAAUAUGUUGUUCCAGUCUACCACCUAUUGAAAGCAAUUUGAUUGAUUGUUGAUCAUAUCUUUUUUUAGAUAGUUUUGCUACUAAAUACCUUCUCCACUUUUUUACUUAAUCCGAAUAAAUGAAUGUACUUCAUCCGAGGAGAUAAAAAAUUAUAAAUAAAAACUAUACAAAUUUACCUGUUACACUUUUUUUUCAACUUAUAUACCGAUUUACAUCAAUGCCUUACAGUUACAGGUGAUGGACAUUCAUGCCAAAGUGUUUUUGCACUAGUUUUUUGCGCACACUUUUCUACAAAUACCAUAACAACUUGUAUAACUAAUUAAACUGUGUUUAAAGAGGAUCUAAAGUCAUAUAUUAGGGUGGGGAAAGAUGGGACACCUUUUCAUUUUAUUUUCUCCUCCUAUUUGGUUGCAAACAUAUUCAAAAAAAUCCAAAAAUAUAAAAUCGUUUCCUUACGGCUCCCAUAAACUGUUAAUUGUUAAAAACACGUUCAGGAUAUUUUAAUAUUAUGAGCUAAACGUUUCCCAUCUUCCCUUACCCAACGAUAUGCAGUUUUCAAAUUACUGUUAUUUGUAUAUCAAUAAGUUCCGCCACUAGUGUUUGUAGGUUAAGCAGGCCAAUGUUUUAUAAUCGAAAAUAAAUAAUAAUUACUC